ACUGUGACGUCAUGAUGUUACGACGUUUUAAUAAAUUCUCUUUAAGAAUUUGGUAACCGUAGAAUGAGGAAAUGGUUUCCGGUUUCGUUUUUGUUUUUGUUUAUGUUUGACUUCAGUAAAAAUUACUUUUGUCGGAGAGCUGGAAGGGACUUUCAAACCCUAUAUUUUAUGCAAAUCAACUAUUUAAUGUGGACCUUCCAUCAAUGUUGACAAGUUCAUAUCACAUCCGCAGGUUACCAAUAGCGGAUCUAAUUAUUGACUGUCAACCUUCAUCUAUCAAUAGCAAAUCAACUGUUUAAUGUGGACCAUCCAUCGGUGUUGUAGAGUUCAUAUCACGUCUUCAGGUCACCAUUGAAGGGGAUUCAUUAAUCAAAUAUGCCAACCUUCAUUUAUCAAAAGCUGAUUAUAGUUUUUCAUUUGUGAACUUUUUAACCUGAGUCUUGAAAUCCAAAGUCAUUUAUCUUGGGUUUCUUUCACUGAAGGGAACUGACACAAACUUACUCCUGGUUUUAAAAAGAAGCUAGUAACAAUGUUCAGCGAUAGUAUUUUGCAGGAAAUUUCCAUAAGCAAGACGCCUCCUGUUGAUACAAAAGAAAGACCUUAUUCUUGUAAUAUCUGUAAAAAGAGUUUCUCUCAAAAAUAUAAUUUAGAUAAGCACAAUCUUGUACAUACUGCGGAAAAACCAUAUUCUUGUAGCGUCUGUUCUAAGAGUUUCUCUCAAAAGUGUAAUUUAAAUACACAUUUUCUCAUUCAUACUGGAGAAAAAUCUUAUUCUUGUAGUGUAUGCAAUAAGAAAUUCUCUCAAAAAUGUCAUUUAAGUACUCACAUUCGUGUCCAUGCUGGGGAAAAACCUUAUUCUUGUGAUGUGUGUGAUAAGAGUUUCUCUCAAAAAGGUCAUCUAGAUUCACACCACCUUGUUCAUACAGGAAAAAAACCUUUUUCCUGUAGUGUAUGUAAUAAGAAAUUCUCACAAAAAUGUCAUGUCAAUACACAUUUUAUUGUUCAUACAGGAAAUAAACCCUAUUCUUGUAGUAUAUGUAAUAAGAGUUUUUUUCAAAAACGUAAUUUAGAUGAGCACUAUUUUGUUCAUUCUGGAGAAAAACCUUUUUCCUGUAGUAUAUGUGAUAAGAGAUUUUCUCGAAAUAGUCAUUUAAAUACACACUAUCUUAUUCAUACGGGAGAAAAACCUUUUUCCUGUAGUACAUGCCAUAAAAGUUUUACCCUAAAAGGUGAUUUAACUAAACACAUCCAUAUACAUACUGGUGAAAAGCCUUAUACUUGUAGUAUAUGCAAUAAGAGUUUUUCUCAAAGAAAUUAUCUGACAAAACACAGUCGUGUGCAUACCGGAGAAAAACCUUAUUAUUGCAGUGUGUGCAAUAAGAGUUUUUCUCACAAAAAUUAUUUAACGAAACAUAAUCGUGUCCAUACUAAAAACUCUCCCUCUUGAACUUGAGUCACUUUGGCGAGCAGAAUUUAGCCUUUGUACAGUGAAACCUAUCGGGUGCGACCACUCUCCGGUCCACAGUAAAAUGGUCGUUCUUCGAGGUUACUUCCAUUGACUUCAAAAUCUUAUCGAAGGUUCAGGAUUUUUCGCAAACGAUUUUAAUCUUAGUCAGUGUCAUUGUUUUAUUGCAUAAAUGCCACUUGUGUUAGUAUUAUGAAAACCGGAUAAAUGAAUAAAACUCAGAUUCAAUAAAAAUGACCCCUAGUUUUUAGUGAAUUCAAAUUGACCAAUUAUGAAUGAUAGAACUAUUUCAAAUAGAGAAUAAUGUAUUUUGUUUAAGUUUGUAAUUAAUUUCAUGUAAAAAAAUUUAGUUAGCUUUAAAAUUGGGAAGAGAUUUGUUUAUUUGACAUGCUUGUUUUUUCUAAAAUAACUUCUGAUUUCUAAAAUUACUUCAGUGAGAUUAUUCCACUCUGAUGUGCAACUGCUGCAUUUUGCAAGAUAUUCUCUAUUUCAUGCUUCAUUUUUCACCCUCUGAUAUCGAAUCGAAAAAUCUCUCCAUGACUAAUAUGAUCAAGAAAAGAGUUCUUUGUCAGAAACUAGUUAUUUUAUCAUGAUCAUAUAAAGUCUUUGAAAAUUAUUUUGCAUUUUGUUAAAGUAUAUAGUGCCUAAAAAUAUUUGAGUGCUUAAAAGAUACUUACUAUAUAUAUAUAUAUAUACCGUAUAUUCCGGCGUAUAACGCGCACUUUUAAUACAAAAAAAAACAUUGGAGUUUACGGGUGCGCGGUAUACGCCGAAUAUAAAAAAUUUUAGAUUAAAAAAAUACAAGUAUAGAAAAAUACUUUUAUUUUAAAGAAAUAACAUCAUCAUCAGCAUUGGCACGACAGCCCUUUGUGGGCCUGGGCCUUCCUCAGAAGCUUUUCCCAUUCUGCCCUUCUCCCAGCAAUUGUUUUCCAGUUCUUUACUUUUAGGAUGGCAAAAUCCUCAUCUACACAGUCCUUCCAUCCAGUUCAUCCAAGAAAUAACAUACCUUUACCUAUAUACUUUAUUGAUUUUCGUUAUUACAUAAAUAGUUCAUUAUAUCCGCCUUCUGUUAUUUCUUCAGGCACGUCAUCACAAUCUGUUUGGUCUUCAUCAUCUGUGUUACCCUCAUCCAUAAAUAAACAGUCAUCUUCUGAUCCGUCCAGAUUGUUUGAAUUGCUGCAUUUUUUGAAUGAUUUUCUAACCAUCUCAGGCUUAAUUUCAUUCCAUGUUUUUAAUAUCCAUUCGCACAUUGUUUCCAAACUUGUAUGACGCAUAUGUGCUCCUUUCGUAAAGGUUUUCUCGCCCUCCAACAUCCAAGUGUUCCACAGUUUUUUUAAAAUUGUCUUUAAAUGGUUUGUUUAAGCAGACGUCCAAUAGCUGAACUAAUGGUGUUAAUCCGCCCGGAAUAACUGCCAUAUCGGUGUUACAUUCUUUCAAAAAUUUUUUUUUUGUAUUAUCUGUAAGGUGGGACUUAAACAUGUCCCACACUAAAAGGC